AGGUCAGGAGCUGUGUGCACUGCCGGCAGAGCUGCUCAGAGGGAAGAGAGGACCUCGGGGCAGAAUGGCGUGGAACUCCACGUGCCAGCACUGGCUGGCCGCCGAGGCCGCUCUGGAGAAGUACUACCUGCCCGUGUUCUACGGGAUCGAGUUCGCCCUGGGCAUCCUGGGCAACGCCACCGUGGUGCUCGGCUCCCUGUUCUGCCUGAAGAAGUGGAACAGCAGCCACGUGUACCUGUUCAACCUGUCCGUGUCGGACCUGGCGUUCCUGUGCACGCUGCCGCUGCUGAUGCGGAGCUACGCGCGCGACGCCUGGGUGCACGGGCCGGCGCUGUGCGUGCUCAACCGCUACGUGCUGCACGCCAACCUGUACGGCAGCGUGCUCUUCCUGGCCUUCAUCAGCCUGGACCGCUACCUGCUGCUGCGCCACCCCUUCCGCGAGCACCCGCUGCAGAGGCGCGAGCUCGCCGCGCUCGUCUCGCUGGCCGUCUGGGGGUGGGUCACCCUGGGGCUGCUGCCCAUCCUGCCCGUGAUCCACCCGGCGGCCGGCGGCGAGGACGAGGACGGGGCGGGCACCCGCUGCGCCGACUACGCCAGCUCCGGGGACCCGCGCUACAGCCUCAUCUACAGCCUGUGCCUCACCGUGCUGGGCUUCCUCCUGCCCCUGGCGGCCAUGGGCUUCUUCUAUCACCGGACGGCCGUGCUGCUGCGGCGGCGCAACCGGCAGGUGGCGUCGGCGCUGCCGCUGGAGAAGCCCCUGCGGCUCGUCGUCCUGGCCGUGGUCGUCUUCUCGGUGCUCCUCACGCCGUACCACGUGCUGCGCAACGCGCGCAUCGCCGCGCGCCUGGGCGCCUGGCGCGGCCCCCGCUGCGCGCGCGCGCUCGUCCGCGCGCUCUACGUCGCCGCGCGGCCCCUCGCCUUCCUCAACAGCGUCGUCGACCCCGUCUUCUACUUCCUGGUGGGAGACCGCUUCCGGGACCUGCUCCUCGGCCGGCUCAGGCGCGUCCUCCGCGCGCUCACCUUCUCCCGGGGCUGCGCCCGGGGGCGCGGGUGA